GACAACGAUGCGUGCGUUUAUAUAACGGUGAGCAUUGAAAAUAACAUCAUUGAAACGUCGACAGUCUUUCGGACAACAAUAUUAAUUAUUUUAAAAAUGAAAGGAUUCAUUGCUAUUUUCGUUGUUAUUCUCGCUUCUGCAUAUCUUCAAGUUGAAGCUGGGCGAGAAAUGUGCCCACCUGAAAAUUGUAUUAAAGCUGAACAAUGCGAGCAACCAGUACGUAGCACAUCAGUAUAUUGUGCCAAUGGAUUACCCUGUUGUUCUGUCGUGAAAAGCAAGUACCGAGACCGCUGUCGUCAUCAUGGAGGUGAGUGUAUGGAUUCUUGCGCUCAAACAUUACAGCGUAAGGUUGUAGAUUGUGGAUCACGUCAAGUAUGUUGUGUAUUAGUAUCGUGA